GCUGAGCUAACUUUGCUUUACAGUAGCUUCUGAACAGCCUUGGCCGGGUGGUUGGGAAUGGGCUGGGAUAUACGACAAAGCCCAUAUGCGCCACUUCGUAGUUGUCUCGUGGCCAUGGUUGGUGGUUGGGGCCGGAGACACGACAAAGCCCAUACGCGACAACCUCAGGUCAUGGCGGGCGGACGGGACGGGCCUGGGUUAUGUAAAUGUAGUUUUGCACUCCCUUGUAGUAUGUAUAUUGUAAAAGGCCCCGGUUGGGUGGUCGGGACGGGCCUGGGAUAUUUUUUUUUUCACUCAUGGGAUCAGGUUAGCUCGAUGCUAUUCUGUGCCCGUGGGUCAAGGUGCGGACUUCCUCCCCCUAUUGUUUUUCCUAGGCUCGGCGGGUGGCUGGGAUGGGCCUGGGACAUAGACGGGGAUGGGCGUGUUUCUUUCGGAGAAGUUGGGUGAUUGGAUGAUGGAAUGGGGUCUGGGUGCAAGGAUCCCAGAUUCAUCUGCUCAAACGACAACUUCGGAGCAGCAGCUGUUCUCGCGACAGACCUGGGAUAGUGGUAGGGGUGAUCACGAGCACGAU